GUGGUCGUGGACAAGCGUGUCAACGACAGAACCUUCAUCUAUCUCUAGGAGCAAGCUACCGCCCACGGCCUCACUCCUUGAAACUUAGCGUCAGCUGGCAUUACACGGACACCAUGUCCAGCGGCAAUGUGGAACUUCUGGGCGACAAUGUGGAAAUCCUGGAUCACUCACCCGAGGGCGAGGCUCCCACCGCAGAGCAGUUUCCAGCGGCCGGUGCGGGAGACGAGAGCCCCCCCAUGCCCAUUGUGUUCACCGUUGAUAAUUUGCUGGACAACAUCGCCACAGCAGAUCCGGCGGAAUUGGAGCGGGUCUACAACACCGGACGUGUCUCUCUGGAAGAUAUUGUAGAAGCGGCCCAUCUGUCGUCCGAAUCCCCCUUUUUCGUUCCUCCUUUCUCGCUCCCGCCGGAAGACAAAAUAAUCCUCUUGCCCCACGACGAGUUAAUGGCGUACUAAAGGUUGAACGAGAUGUGGUGCGACGGUCUUGCCGGGAAGAUAGCCGAGGCGGAGGCGCGAGAGCAGGCGAAGCGCGAGGACGCGGAGCGCUUGGCGGAACGUGAGGCUGCUCUGGCUGCUGCGGCGAGGAAGCAGGAGGAGGAAGCUGCUCUGGCUGCUGCGGCGAGGGAGCAGGAGGAGGAGCGUGCAACUGUUCUGGUGGAGCGUAAGGCGUAUCCCCAAGCGGCUCGGGCGAAGCAGGGGGCGCUCCGAUCGCGGCUGGAGGAGCUGGAGCCCCGCCACCAGAACCCACGAGCAGCCCCCCACCCCCGCCGUCGUGUUAUCGUCCCCCCCCCCACGCAAUCCCAGGUGCCCCUUGGUUCCCAUCUUGCCGCCUCGCCGCACGAGAAGGAGCGGGAGGUGGCGGCUUCUCCGACGAUCGAGAAGGAGCGGGAGAGGACAGCGACUCCGGAGUUUUCGGUGACUUUGGGUCUUCCGGCCGGUGCUGAAGACGUAGCAUCGUUUGCGGCGGCAACCACGGUGUACGAGUUCCACGUUGGAGAUACAGAGUUCCUAUCCCGCCCGCUGGAGAUGCCUGCUGAAGAUGUAACGUUCCACGAUGAGGAGAAAUUGGCAGCUCUUUUUGCAUGGGCUGGCAUAAAACAACUCGUCCAUGCACAAUUUCCACAACCGCACACCGUUGCUUUCGGGCACAUUUACCAUACCCCAUACAUCGCGAAACUUCCGCCCCAUACAUCGCGAAACUUCCGCCUUCUUCGCGGCAGCCUCUUCACGCCCUGCACAUGGUUCUGGAGGGGACAAGGACUGCGNUUUUUCGCUCUCCGUCGUGCCACCUUUGAUAGAGGUCCUCAAGGAACGUCGGUGGUGACACAAGAUGGAGGAUUCCAGCUGCCUCUUGCUCGUGCUGCCUCAAACAACGACUUCAAGCACGAUCUGCAAGCCCCCCGACAGGCCUCUUCACGCCCUGCACAUGGUUCUGGAGGGGACAAGGACUGCGGUUGGUCGGCGGCUCCUGUGUCCAAGAGCUGGAAGAACCGUUGGGGUGACCAAGAUUCGACGGCCAAGAGCGGGACGGACGACCACCGCCUCUUCACCCAGUCUUCGCGAGGGCGCGGCACCGGAGAUGGCGGGCGAGAGCAAGCCGUGGGGAACCAGCCUACCAGGGCUUCGCCGGCGAGCCGCCAUCGCCGCAGCAGGAGUCGGAGCGCAGAACGUCAACAGUGCACCAAUCCUUCACCUAGUCGUGGACGCAGCCGGAGCGGAGACCGUCGUGGGAGAAACACGCCUUCGUCUAGGCGUAACCGCAGCCGGAGCCAGAACCGGAGCGGGGGCAACAGCAGGGUGACCAGCACUGACAGCAGUCCCGGCGGAAAAGGGGGACGGAGGUCAGGUCACGGUAGCAGGCAAGUAGAAAACCAUCUGCGCAAGGAAUCGGCAGGGCCCUCGACGUACGCCUUCUUCAUCCAGAAAUUGGCGGCCGCCUGGGACACUCAAGACAAGAGCUCGGGGAUUGAUCGUCUUCACAGUUUUGGCGUAUCCAACGGCGAGACUUACGGAGACNGUGUCACACGCUUGCCCCUCGGUCCUGAUCCUGAUGAAUUUGCUCGCUUCGCGUCUAGCUGCAAGGGUGUGGUCACAGAGAUCCUCAACAAAAGCGACGUCAAGCGCAAGCAGACUUUCAAUUCCUCCACCUGGGUCACCGGAUGGCUUCCGUUGUUGCGCAAACGUGUCCAUGGUGCUGUCGUUGAAGGCCAAACCACCAACCGUGCCACGCUGGAGUUUCUUGAGGCCACCUUCCUACAGGUAGAAAACCAUCUGCGCAAGGAACCGGCAGGGCCCUCGACGUACGCCUUCUUCAUCGAGAAAUUGGCGGCCACCUGAAACACUUAAGACAAGAGCUCGGGGAUUGAUCGUCUUCGCAGUUUUGGCGUAUCUGACGGCGAGACUUAUGGAGAAUACAUUCGUCGCUAUAAGGCUCUGGCCAUGACCGUCAUGGUUUCCCACCACGCGUUCAAACCUUCGGAUGCGCAAGUGCAGAUAGCUGUUCGAGACUGCAUGUUGAAGCAGUUUCCGGUAGUGUCUGGGCAGGUGUACAAGGAUGAGCAGCUCUCCAUGGAAGCCCCUUUUGGGCGACAUGCUUCGUGUCUGGAUGAUAUGUGGGAUGUGUUGGACAAGCGUGCGUUCGCGCACACGCCGGCGGUGCAUGGAGAUGUUUUUUUUUCGGUAUCUUCCACGAAUGCUAGGAGUUCCUCUGCUGUUUCGCGUGCAGUAGCUUCUUCGGCGUUGCGUUUCGACGGUUACCCCUUCGUGGAGCCAAGGUUCUUCGACCGCCGUGAUGGGUGUUGACCCCCUACCUAAUGAU